AUGGCAUCCAACAACCCACUUCACGAUUCCCCGCCGCCCAUCUUCCGCCCCAGAGUCCGCGAUGGCAUGAUCGUCGUGCGCCGACCCCCCAACAGAGACGACACCGCUAUCUUCUGGACCGGUGACUAUUUCUUUGUCAGUGGGAGAAAUCGGACUGUCCACAUGGAUUACUCUGCGUUCCUUGCCGACCUGGAAGCCCACCUUCAGUUUGACCCGGAAUUGGAUGAGAUCCAAUUCCACGUGCCACCUCCAUACCCACGCAAUUCUAUGAACGCUGCCUUGCCUGGUGAAAACAAUGUCCAACACACCCAGCCUGUGAUGGGCACUGUCCGUACCUACCAUGAGUGGCUCACAGCCUUGGCAGCGAUGCAAAUCUCUCAUAUGAUGCGGGCACUGAACAUUGAAUACGUCCUCCGGGAUGGAAGUGUGACUACCAGUGCCAACCAGUCGUUUCCACCUGUGGCCGCAGCACAGUUUUUCAUUGUGAGAACUGCAGGGGUGGAACAUCCGAACGAAGAGCGUAAUGACAACAGUGCCCAAGCCUAG